AUGCAGCCCCCGAAGUGAGCAGCAAAGCAUUCUCUCUUGCAGCCUGGACCAACGGGUAGUUGGGAGUCACGGGCUGAGCACAGUCAGCUACUUGGAGGGUUUUUGCCACCGCCGUCCGGUAUCUACCAAGGCCAGCCCUGCAGCAGCAGAGGAGGCUGCACCAGAGCAGAGGCAGUGAGCAGGCAGUGGGGCCGGCAGCCAGCGGCGCGUCUGGGACACUCAUUCUCCCGCGGUCCGAGGGUCACGCCAGCUCCGUGCCCGCACGUGCCAGCCCGGGCUCGCGCCUUUCUUUGCAUCUGGGGUGCCCGGCCUCUCCGCCCACCGGUGGGCUCUUCAGGGCCAAAGCGGACCGAGUUACAGCAUGAAUCUGAGGCUCUACUUGCAGGCGCUGCUGCUACUCUGGCUCUCCCUGACUGCAGUGUGUGGAGUGCCACUGUUGCUGCCUCCAGAUGAGAAAGGGCUAGAAGAAGGCAACAUGCGCUACCUGGUGCAGCCCAGAGCUUCAAGGACUGGACCAGGGCCCUGGCAGGGAGGCAGGAGGAAAAUCCGCAGACAGCGGCCGCGUCUCUCCCAUAAGGGCCCCAUGCCUUUCUGAAUCAGGAUUGAAGAGAUCUCCACAUGCCCACCCAGUGCCGUUCUCUCUACUUCACAGAUUCGUCCUCUUCUCCAGGACCCUCGCAUCCAUUUGGCUCUCAUCCUGCACCUGUUAUAGCUGUUGAUGGUCCCAGCUCUUCUCACCCACCAAGUUCCUCUAAUGGCGUGGUCUUGCCCCUCAUUUGGACGAUUCCAUUUCUCUCACAAGGAUCCCCUCGGUCCAUCUUCCCCUUGUAUUGUCAUCGGAGACCCAGCUUCUCCUUGGCCUGCUCUAUCCUCUAGUCCCCAUCUAUUGGCCUUAGUCUUCAUUUGGUCCUUCUG